AAACAAAAUUUUAUUAUCGAGUCCAGUUGGUUCCGGUGUAUGGAAAUACUGACGCGUAUUUGCAACGGUAACAAUCUCUCUCGACUCUUGGCUAUCAUCAUCUCUCUCCGUCGAGAUUUUCACUUUCUCCCUCUCAGAACCACCAAUUUCACAAUCCUCAAACUGAUUUCGUGUAAAUUGCGAGCGCCCGCACACACACAAUUAGUGGAAUCAAACUAAACUUGAGGCCAAGCAAGGAUCGUAUCAUAUUACACAUAUGGCUGUUCUAUACAUCGUUUAGAAUUAUUUAAUCUAUUUUAUGGGGACUCGCGACAAAAUCAAAUCGGUUGUGAAAAAGCUUUUUACUCGCAGAAGUUCUACCUCAGGUACAGGAUAUAUGCCGCCAAACGGGGUCAGAUUGUUUGUCCAGGGCAACCAUGUGGUGAUUGAUAAUGGUAUCCUCCAAGUCACACUGUCUAAUCCAGAUGGCAUAGUCACGGGAAUACGAUAUAACGGCGUUGACAAUUUACUUGAAGUUCUUAAUAAAGAAGAUAAUCGAGGGUACUGGGAUAUUGUGUGGAAUGCACUUGAUGGAACAAAGAAGGGUGGAACAUUUGAAGUAUUUAAAGCGACGAAGUUCAAUGUUAUUGUAGAAACAGAAGACCAAGUUGAGGUUUCAUUUUCAAGACCAUGGGACCCUUCUCUGCUGGGGAAGCUUGCUCCCAUAAAUAUUGACAAAAGGUUUGUAUUGCUCCGUGGUUGUUCAGGCUUCUAUACUUAUGCCAUUUAUGAACACUUGGGGUCCGAGGAAUGGCCUGGCUUCAGCAUUGGUGAAACCAGAAUCGCUUUCAAGCUAAGAAAAGACAAGUUUCAAUAUAUGGCUGUGGACGAUAAUAGGCAAAGAUGGAUGCCCCUGCCGGAUGAUCGUUUACCUAGGAGAAGUCAACCACUUGCCUAUGGAGAAGCUGUCCGAUUAAUCAAUCCAAUAAAUCCUGAGCUUUAUGGAGAGGUAGAUGACAAAUACCAAUAUUCUUGUGAGAACAAUAAUCUUAAGGUCCAUGGAUGGAUUUCUAUGGCGCCACCUGUGGGGUUCUGGCAAAUUACACCUAGUGACGAGUUUAGAUCUGGUGGACCUGUCAAGCAGAACCUCACUUCACAUGUGGGGCCCACUUGUCUAGCUGUGUUUCUUAGCGGUCACUACGCUGGUGACGACUUGUGCCCAAAAAUCGGACAGGGUGAGUACUGGAAGAAAGUUUUUGGUCCAGUAUUCAUUUAUCUGAAUUCUGCAAUGAAUGGAAGUCAUCCGCGAACACUCUGGGAUGAUGCAAAAAACCAGAUGAUGAUUGAAGUUCAAAGUUGGCCCUACAGUUUUCCAGCAUCGGAGGACUUUCCAUCGUCUGAUAAACGUGGUAGUGUCAGCGGUAGACUAUUAGUCAAGGACAGUUAUAUGAGCAGUGAUCUGAUACCAGCUACUGGUGCUUAUGUGGGAUUAGCCCGACCAGGAGAUGUAGGUUCUUGGCAAAGAGAAUGCAAGGACUACCAGUUUUGGACAAGAGCUGAUGAGAUGGGCUGCUUCUCUAUUAACAACAUACGUCCUGGUGACUAUAAUCUGUAUGCCUGGAUCCCAGGAUUUCUUGGAGACUACAAGAAUGAAGCUUUGAUUACUAUAAGCUCAGGCUGUCAUAUUAUAAAGGAGGAUCUUGUGUAUGAGCCUCCUCGAGAUGGGCCUACACUAUGGGAAAUUGGAAUUCCUGAUCGUUCAGCUGCAGAGUUUUACAUUCCUGACCCCAAUCCAGAGCAUGUAAACAGAGUUCUAUAUAAUCAUACUGACAGAUUUAGGCAGUAUGGGUUAUGGGAGAAAUAUGCAGAGCUAUAUCCAAAUGGAGACUUGGUGUACACAAUUGGUGAGAGUGAUUAUCGGAAAGAUUGGUUUUUUGCUCAUGUUACCAGGAGAAAAGAAGAUGGUACUCAUCAAGGAACAACAUGGCAAAUUAAAUUCAAACUUGACAGUGUUGAUCAAAAAGGAUUAUACAAGCUCAGAGUGGCACUGGCAGCCGCAGCUCUUGCAGAGUUGCAGAUUCGAAUCAAUGACCCCAACACAAAUCGCCCACUAUUUACAACAAGACUGAUUGGGAGAGACAAUGCCAUUGCUAGACAUGGGAUUCAUGGGCUAUACUGGAUGUACAAUGUGGAUGUACCAGGAAAUCGGCUGUUGCAAGGUGAUAAUACCAUGUAUCUAACACAGCCCAGGUGUGCGAGUCCUUUUCAGGGUAUCAUGUAUGACUAUAUUCGUUUAGAAGGUCCCCCAUGUCUUUAACUCCCAGUCAGACAUCACUAUUGCUUUCCUUUUUACACAAAUUUCAUAAAUCAACACACUCCGUGUUUCUGUAACCUCAGUUCUACAUAAAUAUGUGUAAUUUGCCAGAUCAUGUGAAAGAUCUUAUGAGUACCGUUACUUGUAUGUCUUUUACUAGAACCAUCAGACGUGUUGUACAUAAAACAAUAUUGGAAUAAGGAAUUAAUUGCUUUUAAUGGGAUUCUUUUUGUAUUUUGUUUUAA